AUGGCGCCUUCAGGACCCUGCCUGCGCACGCGCGUGAGCCGGGCGCCAUGCACUUCCUGCCCCCUGCCGCACGCGAAACGACUACGACCGUGCGCCGCGAGGGCUCGAUGGAGGUGCAGAGCCGGUCCGGGCGGUUCCCGCGACGACCCAUUCGACGUACUAGGCAUCGCGCGUGGCAGCACUCCGGAGGAGAUUCGGGCGGCGUACCGCGUCCUGAUGAAAGAGCUUCAUCCGGACCUCAACCCCGACCGGGACACCACGGAGAUGGCGGCGCGCGUCAACGACGCGUACGAGGUCCUCAGGAGCGGCUCGUACGACGAGGACGUGCCGGUGGAGACGAACGCUGCGACUGCGGACGGCGACGACGUGUUCGGGCGCCCCGGCCCGCGCGACGGCCCGGCGGACCAGAUCUUCGUGGAUCCGUUCUCGUGCAACAUCGACCCGCUCGAGUGGCGCUUCCUCCAGCAGAUUGCGCGCGACGCCGAGGCCGACCCUGAGUCGGCGCUCACUGCAGCGGGGGUGUCGUUCGGGCCGGGCGCGAUCCAGUACCUCACGGCGCCGCAGCUCGCCGCCCUCGUGGACGAACUCGAGGCCCGACUCGCCCGGCACGGCUUCAUCGAGUACCCCGUCGGCGGCCGCACGGUGCGCGUGCGGCGCGAGGCGGUCGAGGAGCUCAACGCGCGCCUCCUGGCCGCCGGGCAGGACGCGUGGGGCAGCUGGUCAGGCACGUGGAUGACGUCGGCGCAGCGCGACCAGUGGGCGCGGGACCAGCACGAGCGUUGGGGGCGGUGGCACGACAGCAGCUGGCGGUCCGGGACCUGGGCGGCGCGGGCGGAGCGCGAGGCCGGCGAGCUCGGUGCGGAAGUGCCGCCCCGGCGGCGGGCGUCGGAGCUCGACGCCUUUGAGGCGGAGGCGCGCGCGGUUUGGGAGGGGCGCGGGCCGGGGCGCGGGCCGGGGCGGGCGGCGCCGCGAUGA